CACUUCCAACUCCGCCCACUGCUCCUGCUCCAGCCCGCCUGCACCCGCCUACCACCAUUCUCCCACUCUUGCAGCGCGCCGAACCCUUACAAGGAUCACGCCAAGAAAAGACUCUCAUUCUUUCAUACAUCGCGUCGAGUCGGAGGAAGGAGACUCCGUUCAAUUCGAUUCGCCGCUCUCAUUCGUCGAUUCGCCGCCAUGUCCGCUCCGGAGAAGCCGCUGGUGUCGGAGAGGAGAUGGCGGCAGGCGGGCUGAGCCUGGGCGCGCGCGAUCUGUGCGCGCACCUGCUGAUUCCGCUGAACCGGUGCCGCACGGAGACGCUGUUCGCGCCGUGGAAGUGCAGCGACGAGCGACACUCGUACGAGAAGUGCGAGUACGAGCUGUUCCUCCGGCGGAUGAAAAAGAUGGAGGCCUUCCGCGAGGCCACGCAAUGAACCGAUAUAAGCACGCGCGAUAGGUUCAAGCAUUUGUUCCAGGCCAAGGAACUACUGGACUUGACUAAGGCAAGCCCUGUGACAUUCUCAAUGUAACUUUCUCGAGUGCAGCUGUGAUUACGAAAAACAAGCUGCAAGCUGUCUUGUGCAUACAUUCACUGUAGUCCGCAAUGUGCAUAGCAUGGUAGGUGUUGCAGUAUAUUGUAGGACUCAUUGUAAUCGAAGACAAUCGCCUGGUUACUCAAAAUAUGUGAUAUUCUAUAGGUUCCCUAUAGAAUAACCGUCAAUUAAUUUGGAGAUGCGUACAUACUUUAUCUUUACAGUUCAC